UGCAGAGAGAAGCCGUCCCAACAGAUUGGAUUCGAUUUCGAUUUCGAUUUCGAUUUCGAUUUCUAGGGUUUGCUCGUCGUCGAAUUCGUGAUUUCUGACUGAUUUCCGCCGCCUUGGAUUUCGAUAUGAUCCCCAACUCCGUCGACACCUUCCUCUGAUCAGAUCCGUCUCUCCCCCCCGCCAGCAAAUCCCACAACCAGAUUCCACAUACUAUGGUGCGCCGCCGCCCGUCCUCCUCCUCGUCGUCGCCGAUGCUCCACAAGAACCUCCGCGCGCUCGGCCCCGGCCUCAAUCCGUUCGCCCCCUUCGGCAUGGGCAACUACUCCCGCUAAUCCCCCCUCCUUUCCCCUCCCCCCCUCUCCUCUGCUCGGUUUCUUUCUGAAAUUUCUUCCCCCCUCCCCUUCUCCUUCUUGAUUGGAUUGGAUUGGAUUGCUCCUCUCUCUGCUUGCUUGGCUGGUUUGGUUUGCAUCUGCUUGCAAGAUUAAGGAAGGGGCCAUGGUGCAGCUCCGCAGCUCGCUCAGCAUGACCCGCGUGCGCGCCCGCGCCGACUCGGACGCCGACGACCGCGGAUGGAACCAGCUCCACGUCGCCGCCCGCAAGGGCAACCUCAAGGAGGUGAGACGUCUCCUUAAUGAAGGGAUGGAUGUCAAUGCACCUGCAUGGGGACCAAAGUCCCCUGGCGCUACUCCCCUGCAUCUUGCUGCUCAGGGCGGGCACGUGAAAAUCAUGGAUGAACUACUGGAGCGCGGUGCAAAUAUUGAUGCCCGUACAAAAGGAGCUUGUGGCUGGACUCCUCUGCACAUUGCCGCCAAGGAAAGGAACAAGAGGGUGGUCAGGUUUCUGAUUGAGAACGGCGCAUUCCUGCCCCCUGACCUGAACGACCACAGGUUCAACCCACCCCUCCAUUACUGCUCUGGGCUGGAGUGGGCGUAUGAGAUGAAGCGCAUGCAGGACGAGAGCGACUCGGGCGGCGAAGCUUCCUUCAGCUCGUCGAACUAGUGAAAAGUGGUUUACGCGCAGGAGAAUCUGCCCAUCCUUUGGUUUUGAGUGCUUGUUUGUUAUCAUGAAAUCCAUCGUUCCUAGCUACGUAAGUCAAAGCAGGCUGAUGCUGGUAUGGUAUGUGUAUAUGCAAGAAUAAACACGGUGCCGCCGUGAGGUCCUGGAGUUGCUGCUGCAGUUUACACGGUGUUCUGGUACAUUGGUGAGCAGGCUGCAGUGGUCUAAGAUUGGAAUAUCCAUCUCUCUCAAGGAACAUCGUUUGUAAACAUUAUUAAGUUGUUGAAUAUUCAUUUACUUUAUUGCUGGACAAAUAUUGUGUAUCUGAUUGGUUUGUUUGGAAUCACUUGUUUUAAGGGUCUAAAGUAAUCUAUUGUUGUGUCUAUUUCAAA